GUUGCAUAAAAUUUCAUCAUCCGAAAAUCUUCUUCAUUUUAUAGGGUUUAUCGGAGAGCAAGCAAGAAGAGAAAAUGGAGCAGCAAGGCAAACAAGGGAAUUUAACAGUUUUUAAAUUGCCGCAGAACCCUAUAAAAGAAGUUCAAGUCAAGUUUAAAGAAUUGGAGAGCCAAUUUAAAUCAUGGUUAGCUCAGCAGUCUAUGCCAGUUGAAGUCGCCGUUGUCACCGCCACAAGCGCCACCCAGGGUGCCGCAAUUGGUGCCUUCAUGGGAACACUCACUGGUGACGUCGCGUCUACACUCCCUACUCCUCCUCAGGCCUCCCUCAACCCGCAAGCUAUGGCCUCGCUUCAGCAAGCCCAGGCUCUUGCUGGCGGUCCCUUGGUUCAAGCUCGCAAUUUUGCUGUUAUGACAGGCGUCAAUGCUGGAAUUUCUUGUGUUAUGAAGAGAUUGAGAGGAAAGGAGGAUGUUCAAUCUAGCAUGGUGGCAGCUUUUGGUUCUGGAGCCAUGUUUUCAUUAGUGAGUGGCAUGGGUGGCCCGAAUCAGGCAGCAAAUGCUGUCACUUCUGGACUUUUCUUUGCACUGGUUCAAGGUGGGCUUUUCAAGUUGGGGCAAAAGUUCUCUCAACCACCAGCUCCGGAUGUGCUCUAUUCCAGAACUAGAGGCAUGUUAAAUAAGCUUGGCCUGCAGGAUUACGAGAAGAACUUUAAGAGAGGCCUAUUGACAGAUAGCACAUUGCCUUUGUUAACUGAUAGUGCUCUUAGAGAUGUGAAAAUCCCUCCUGGACCAAGGCUUCUCAUUCUUGAUCACAUCCAGAGGGACCCUGAGUUGAAAAAGAGUUGAUGAAGCUGUGGCUGAACUCAAUGUUGUCAGAUUGGUUUAGUAUCAAAGAGCACCACUUAUUUUCAGGGAGUAUUUUAUAUAAGAGAAAUAGUCAUAUUUUCUGUUGAAGAUGAUUUCUCUAAAUUUUUAAGGUUUGUCUUUAUGAUAUGAAUGCUCUUGAGAUGCUCAUAAAAUUCUUUUAGACUGUUGAAUUCUGCAUUAAUUUGAUCUACUAGUAAGCAAGAA